AUGAAGGUAGCACUGUGGCCACGCUGCUGGCGCUGUCCAGGGUUCACUGAAGGCCCACUCAGCCUGGGGGGUCUGCCCCUGAAGGAAGAAGAGGUACUGCCAGAGCCCGGAAGUGAGGCCCCCACAGUAGCCUCCGAGGCUUUGGCUGAGCUGCUCCAUGGGGCCCUGCUGAGGAGGGGUCCAGAGAUGGGCUACCUGCCGGGAUCUGAUCCAGACCCCACACUAGCCACCCCUCCAGCCGGCCAGACUCUUGCAGCGCCCUCCCUGCCACGGGCCACUGAGCCAGGGACAGGGCCUCUGACAACAGCCGUAACCCCUAAAGGGGGCAGGGGGGCAGGCCCCACCGCACCAGAGCUGCUGACCCCGCCCCCAGGAACUACGGCCCCGCCCCUUCCUGGCCCCGCCUCCCCAGGCCCACCCCUCGGGCCUGAGGGAGGAGAAGAGGAGACCACGACCACCAUCAUCACCACGACAACUGUUACCACCACGGUGACCAGCCCAGUUCUGUGUAAUAACAACAUCUCUGAGGGCGAAGGGCAUGUGGAGUCUCCAGAUUUGGGGAGUGCAGCCAGCCGCACCUUGGGACUCCUGGACUGCACAUACAGCAUCCAUGUCUACCCUGGCUACGGCAUUGAGAUCCAGGUGCAGACGCUGAACCUGUCUCGGGAGGAGGAACUCCUGGUGCUGGCUGGUGGGGGGUCCCCAGGCCUGGCCCCCCGACUCCUGGCCAACUCCUCCAUGCUGGGAGAAGGACAGGUCCUUAGGAGUCCAACCAACCGACUGCUCCUGCACUUCCAGAGUCCACGGGUCCCAAGGGGCGGUGGCUUCAGGAUCCACUAUCAGGCCUAUCUCCUGAGCUGUGGCUUCCCUCCCCGGCCGACCCAUGGGGAUGUGAGCGUGACAGACCUGCACCCUGGGGGUACUGCCACCUUCCACUGUGAUUCGGGCUACCAGCUGCAGGGUGAGGAGACCCUUAUCUGCCUCAAUGGCACCCGGCCAGCCUGGAGUGGUGAACCCCCCAGCUGUAUGGCAUCCUGUGGUGGCACCAUCCACAAUGCUACACUGGGCCGCAUCGUGUCCCCUGAGCCUGGGGGAGCGGCAGGGCCCAACCUCACCUGCCGUUGGGUCAUUGAAGCAGCUGAGGGACGCCGGCUUCACCUGCACUUCGAGAGGGUCUCACUGGAUGAGGACAAUGACCGGCUAAUGGUGCGCUCAGGGGGCAGUCCCCUCUCCCCAGUCAUCUAUGACUCAGACAUGGAUGAUGUCCCAGAGCGGGGUCUCAUCAGUGAUGCCCAGUCCCUGUAUGUGGAGCUGCUCUCAGAGACACCUGCCAAUCCCCUGCUGCUAAGCCUCCGAUUUGAAGCCUUUGAAGAAGAUCGCUGUUUCGCCCCCUUCCUGGCACAUGGCAAUGUCACCACCACGGACCCUGAGUACCGCCCAGGGGCACUGGCCACCUUCUCGUGCCUCCCAGGAUAUGCCCUAGAGCCCCCGGGCCCCCCCAAUGCCAUCGAAUGUGUGGAUCCCACCGAGCCCCACUGGAACGACACAGAGCCAGCCUGCAAGGCCAUGUGUGGAGGGGAGCUGUCAGAGGCAGCUGGUGUGGUCCUCUCUCCUGACUGGCCCCAGAGCUAUAGCCCCGGCCAGGACUGCGUGUGGGGCCUACAUGUCCAAGAAGAGAAGCGCAUCUUGCUCCAAGUGGAGAUCCUGAAUGUGCGCGAAGGGGACAUGCUGACACUGUUCGACGGGGACGGUCCCAGCGCCCGAGUCCUGGCCCAGCUGCGGGGACCCCAACCGCGCCGCCGCCUCCUCUCCUCUGGGCCCGACCUCACGCUGCAGUUCCAGGCACCGCCAGGGCCCCCAAACCCGGGCCUGGGGCAGGGUUUCGUGUUGCACUUCAAAGAGGUCCCGAGGAACGACACGUGCCCCGAGCUGCCACCCCCGGAGUGGGGCUGGAGGACGGCCUCCCACGGGGACCUGAUCCGGGGCACCGUGCUUACUUACCAGUGCGAGCCUGGCUACGAGCUCCUCGGCUCCGACAUUCUCACCUGCCAGUGGGACCUGUCCUGGAGCGCAGCGCCGCCCGCCUGCCAAAAGACCUACUGGCCCCGCCUCUGCUGA